ACGACAGGUUCCUUUCCCUUACUAUGGCUCCUGGGAGGGAGUGUCUGGGAUCCAGGCUGCUGCUUAUAUUAGUGGUUGUGACUCAGGGGAAGGGGUACCCCCUCAACUUCUCCCUGAAGGUUCUCGAUGGUCCCACGGAGCCGGUCAAAGUAGGCUCCCUACUAACCCUGGAAGCUCGAGUGGAGCCUGUUCCUGGCCAUGCCCUGAAAAUCUAUGUGGACAAGUGCUUCGGGAUGCAGACCAGAGUGCUGGGCCAGAGCCAAAGGAUGCAGUCCCUUGUCUUCAAUCAGGGGUGCCUCCUUGGACGGGUGGAGCCGUUGCCAUCCUGGUUGCGCCAAGACAAUGAGACGUUGUGGUUCACUGUCCCAGCCUUUAUGUUGAGUGACAGGAACAAGGAGGAGAAGGUGUAUAUUGCCUGCUGGCUGCUGGUUUGGAGUCAGAAGAAGGUGGUGGAACCCGGCCGGAAAAUGUGUUACUACAAUUCCCUCUCCUCCAGGCCUAGCUGGUACCUCCAGGAGGGCAGCCUUGGGAAUUCUGUGUGUCACUGCUGUGAGACUGUCUGUCCGUCAUUGGAGAGUUUCCACAGAGAGUUCCCAGGUGAAGGGAGAGCCCACAUGCUCCUGGUUGGACCCUUGGUCGUGCAGAAGGCUCAGACUUUCUGGUUUGAAGACCACUGUACGACCCUGAAUGAGCUGAUAGUCUCCGGGAUGGCCUUCACGGGCAGCUUCGGCAUGGUGCUGAUGAUCGUACUGGCCAUCUUGGGCACGCUGGUGGCCUGUGUCCGGCCCAUGUGCCGCUGGCCCCGGAUGACGUGGGUGAGACCCAGAGAGAGCCCUUUCCAAAGAGAGCUGGUGACUUUUGAGGAGGCCCUGGACAGCCCGGUCAGGGAGGAAGAAGAGAGGCCAGCGGAGGUGGAAAGGGGACAAAGCUGAGGAGCUUCCCUUGCUCUUGAAAUAAAGCGCCUUUUAGAA